AGGCACGCAGCGCUACUUGUAGUGCUUGGCAGCCAAGUUCCAGAGGUUCUCUCUGCAAGCUUCGAGCUGCGCGUUCAAGUUGCAACUGCCGGUGUCGCGGGCUUGCAGAAUGACGGGCCGUAAAAAUCGUCCAAAGUUUAGCACUGCGCAAAGCAUUUGCUUGCGCUGUGUUUGGCUCCAGUUCCCAUGAGGUGUUCUUCGCAAUCCCUUUGUGCGCGGGGAAGCGCUCAGUCAGGCCGUUGAGACGAAACCUCCAACCUGCAGAGGCUUCGUGCGUUCGGUGCUGUUCGUGCGAGUCUUGCUGCACUGCCAGAGCGCUGCCUGUGAACACACACGCGAGUCCUUGAUUGCAUUUCUACCUGUUCUGGUGUUCCUGGCAUUGGCCACAUAUCCUCCUGCCCAAUCGCGCCCACUUAAAAAGCAGCAUCGUGUGCUUAGCUCGAAGAUCCUGUUGAGUGCUCCGUGCAGCUGUCCGCGCUCUGACUCCAGCACUUGCAGGUCUCGUUUGUUUGCUCUGUGUGCAGCUGCCUCAACAUCGGCGGCUCCUACCGCUCCUCCGUGAGUUGGCAGUCUCGCAUCCGCGCACCAAGGCAUGAAGUGCUUGUCUUGAAACGGGCUUCGUGGGAAUUAGGUGUGGGCUAUCUUGGCGUCGGGCAGCAUGCUUUGCAUAUCCAUAGUCACGGAUUUUGCCUUGGGAGUUUCGUGGCCCCGAAACUUUGACUAGCAGUGGUUGCGGCAUGUUGCAGCUGGAGUCUGUGGGGAGGCCGCUAUGGCAAGAUCUGUUGAGGCCACGGCAGCAUAGCGUGGGAGUCGUCAAGAGGGCUUGGUGCGACUUACGGACAGCGCAUUGCACAUGCUGCCAGCAGCAGAUUCGUCAAUAGUUGCAUGCGCGGCGUUGCCUAGUCCAGCUACUGAGUCAUAUUUGCGAACACUCCAAGUAGUCAUGCGCUAUGCUUCGGUAAUGGCUGCUGAGAAGGUUGUUGCAUUGCACAGCUCAAUUGGAAGAUUGCACGCGACGAUGUUGCGCAACUUCGCAUAGCUAUGGCAUCAUCCCAGCUCAGUUGGGUACCUUUUGUCACUAAGCUGCAAGGCAAAUCCCACGCUCUCCGAUUUUUUCCGGCUUGCUUGUUUCAGUCACACUGCCCAAUGUCAACGAGCAGCCUUGCGGCCGACAAUGCGUUGGUGUCAAUGUCAACUUUGUCCUUCGCCGUUUCUGGCUUUGAUUUGCUCGCAAAGCAAGAGCAAGUUCUCAGUUCCCGGGCAACGAGUUGAGCCGUCUUUUCAAGCAAAAGCGGACUUGAGUCACAGAUGACAACAAGCUGUAUGACAGCGGCAGGUAGUCUCAGACAGCUGAUGUUUGCGGCCAAUUGGUGAAAAGCGAACAAUCAUGCUUUUGCUUUGCACACGCACUUAAUUACACUUGUGAGGACAAACGCAUAGCGUUACCUGUUGCACUGGUGCGAGCGCUGGUCACCGGCGAUGGACAGUUAGUCUUCCCUGUGUUUGUGACUUUUGACAAGUAACUCCUGUUAUCCACCUGAAGCGCAUCUUUUCGGGAAUCUGCAUGGAGUAUCCAAAAGAUGAUGUGUCGACCAAAAAGCAGACCGUGCUCUCUUACAGACUGGAGACUGGGCUACGUGUCAACGGAGUUUGCCACCAGUGCAGUGCCAUCGUGAUAGAAAUUACGUUUCUUACUCUUCUCUGACCUGGUUGGAAGACUGCAGGCUCCUUCUCAGGAGUACUUGUGACGUUCGCUUUCCUCUAUUCAAAAGGCCUGCCGUUUGUGUCUACUUGGCAAGUUUCAUGUUGGUGGCACGCUGUUUCAAAGAAACUUGGGGGCCCGCGAGCGCGAAAUUGGCCGUUAGCAAUUUGGUCGAGCUUUUGAAUUUUGCCCAUCUGGGCACCAGCUCGAGUGUCUGUAGGCAUCCGUUUCUCUGCACGCAUGACUGCUCUUGCAGAUGGGGCCAUCUUGCCUUGCAGCACAGCCAUCCAUCUCAGUGUGUUUGCAGUUGCCAGCUCGUAGCUUGAGCCACGUGGUUGUUCCUUGCAAAGUGAGCUGCCCUUUCAGAUGGGGCCAUCUUGGCUUGCAAGUUGCUAGCAAGUUGCUAGGAGGCCGGGCUUCACUGGAGCAGCGAUCAAACAGCCCAUGAAGCAACCCUAGUUUCGGGGCGCCAAAUUCUUGGCGCCUAAAAGUAUUCUGCUGCAGGAGUGGGCAUGGUAGCAUAUUGCAAGCUUUGUUGCCGCGGAGGCAAAACCCCAUGUCGUGGAAGGUUGCGGAAGCCCCUCGGCUUGCUAGACCCAUAUUGUGACAAAGUGUCUCUUUUUUGGUGACCGCUCCUAAGACUGGGCGUGAAGCAGUUUGCUGGCUUUUUUGGCCUUGUAGGGAGGUUACGCUUCUUUGGAGCCAUGCCGUUGCCAAGUCACAGCUGUCCAUCUCCGUGUUUGCUUGCUUGAUCUGUAGUUGCUCGCUCAUAUCUGCCUGAGCGAUGUGGUUGCUUCUUGCAACGUGCGCGCGCGUUUCGGAUUCCGCAGAAGCACAGAGCUGGGGACGUGGCUCAUUAGAAAUUAGCUCGAGCGUGAGCAAGCAUCCAUUUCCGGGCAAAUGCAAUGGCUGCUCUCAUCUUGACUUGCAAGUUGUCAGGUGGUUGCGCUUAUUUGGAGCCAUGUCGAUUCCAAAUCACAGCUGUCCAUCUUCGUGUGCGCACAUUUGGAGCCACACCGAUUCCAAGUCACAGCUGUGCGUUGCUUUGCAAUGCCAAGCUCGCGCUGGCCUGAGACAUUUGGCCUCACAUGCUAUCAGCUGUCGUCGCAAGCGCAACUUGAGUUGUUGUUGCUGAUUCAACCAGCGGCUAUCAAGAGCAACGAGCUGGCCGCUGACACCCCCCUUGCAGCUGCGGCGCGAGCGAAGCGGUGGAUAUUCUUCGGUUCUAUCCGGUGGACGAGUCCAAUAGCAGCCACGGCUUUGCUCGCCUUCGCACGUGAAUGCUUGAGCGCAUGAGCGCCACAAUAGCUGAGCACCAGCUUCAAAAGCAAGUUUCGCGAAGGUUUCGGCUGUGAGCAGCCACUUUGCAGACGAUGCGCCUGCUUGAGCCCUGCCUGCGCCAAAUGCUCAGGUAUGGCAAUUUAGUGUGCUGGCAGAAGAAUUGCCCCGACGCUUCACACGCGAAUCCUCAGUCGACUAUUCGGGGCUCUUGGGUGCUAUAGAACUUGGCCAGUGCUUGCACGCAAGAAAGCCUCUACUUCUGCUUGCAGUGCUAGCGUGUCUGUUCCGGCGCCCACUUGCGCCAGCUCGCCAAUGAUAGGGCGCAAGAAAGGCAUAAGAAGAGGAAGAAGUGGGAGAAUGUGAAACAUGACGGAGAUGCAUGUCAGGCAAGACUUCAAAUCCGAACCCCUUGUCCUUCACACGAGCCCAACUCAUUGGACGCUGCCCUGACUUUCGGUGGCUUCCCAGCCACCCCAUGAAGCACUAUUCCGCAGGGUCCAUUCUGCGCUGUCCGAAUCCUACCUAGGUUACCCAGGUUUCGGGUCCCUGAAAAACAAAGGACCUGAGAAGAAGCAAUGGCAAUCUAGUUGCUUCAACAUAGAGCCUAGUCCCAUGCAUAUGCUGGCCAGGGUUUGCUUUUUUCGCAUUGGUCCCCCAGCUGCCAAUGAUAAGUUUGGUGAGUCUACUGAAUUGAGUGCUUCGGGACCUGUAGCGGCAGACAGUGUUGCUUGGCAAGGUCACUGGGACAUUGCGCCAUUUUGAGAACAACGCCGGAGCGUAAGUCCCGGCGGAAACGCCCACGCAAUUGUUGCACAUGCUUCAUCGCAGACGAGAGGCAACCCAGAGACGUUUGUUGCGUUUGACCCUGGUCGAGAUACCAGCAGCAGACAGAGCAGACAACCGUAAGGCUGAGGACAGAGUUUCGCCCACAGACAUUCCAAAGGCCAAUGCGGCUCUUGUGCUGAUGGCACACAAGCUCAUGCCCGAGAGCUUGGAGGCUUUUCGGAAGGACGGGCACAAGCUGACGGUGUUCACCUUGUACUGACAAUGCCAUGUCAUCACGUUUGGCAGAGCCACAGCCACAAGAGUUGGUUCACCAGGACUGACCAAGCCAGGCCGUGCGCGCAUCGCGUUUCGGCCAAUGCUAGAAAGGUCGCGGCCUGACAGCCAGCGGGUGGACAGCAACGCUCGUUUGAACUUGCAGCUGGCUUGAGACAUUUGGGCAUUCCACACAAGCGAAUGCCAAUCGCACAGCGCUGCGUGCGCAGCGCUACUUGUAGGUUCCAGUGGCCUCAUGUCUAUGCGUUUUGUGAGCUCCGCAAGCUUCGAGCCUCUCGUUCAAGUUGCAACUGCUGCAAAUGCCAGGGAUUUGCAGAGUGACGGGCCGUAAACUUCGUCGUAAAUCGAACACUGCGUUACGCGUUGGCCCUGCGCUGUAUUUGGCUCACUUUCCGAUGAGGUCAUCUUCGCAAUCCCCUAGCAGUGCGCGGGGACUCAACUGGCUGUUGAGAUGGAACCUCAAAACUCGCAGAGGCGUUGUCAUGCCGGUUGUGCGGGUCUUGCUUCCAUGCUGCCAAAGUGCUGCCUUUGCCGACACAUGCAUGGCCUUGAAUGCAUUUCUGCCUGUCCUGGUGUUCCUGCCAAUAGACGCAUCAUGAUGUGGCGCCAUCAGUGUCAGAGCCUGCUCAGCUCGAAGAUCAUGUUGCAGGCUUCCAGCGUUGGACGGUUGCCCCGCUUGGCUUGCCAAGAGGCCUGUAGCCUGGUUGCGUUUGUUGGCCCUGUGUGCAGCUGCCUCGACGUCAGCUGCUCCUGCCAAAGCUCCUCCCUGAGUUGGCGGUCUUUUUCGUUUCGCACGGAGCAUGAAGUGCUUGUCCUGAAAAGCACCUCCUGGGACUUAGGUGUGGGCUAUCCUGGCCUUCGCGGGAAGCAUGCUUUGCAUAUCCGCGGAUUUUGAUGUUUGGAGUUGCUUCUGCCCAUUUUUCGCUGGCACUGGUUGCAGCUUGACCUUGGGGAGGCGGCCGUUGCAAGAUCCGUUGAGGCCACGGCAGCAUAGCGUGGAGUCCUGAGGCGCGCUCGCGACGUACUGACAGCGCAUUGCCACACAUCCAGAAUCAUACUGCCAGCAGCGGGAGAUUCGUCAAUCGUUGCAAGCACGGCGUUGCCAAGUCCAGAUACUGAGUCAUAUUUGCAAACAAUCCAAGUAUUCAAGCGCUAUGCUUUAGUAGUGUUGCAUUGCACUGCUCGAGUGGAGACUUUGCACUCGAGAGAUUUUGCGCAACUUGGCAUAUCUUUGAUGUCAUCUAAGCUCAGUUGGUUGCCUUUUGCCACUGGCAAACUGCACGGCAAAGCAUGAAUGCGCUAUGUGUUGCGGCUUGCUUAAUAUCAACUUACAGCUUUGCAGCCGAGAAUGCUGUGGUGUCAGUGGCUUUAUCCUUUGCCGUUUCUGGCUUUGAUUUGCACGCAAGAGCAAUUUCUCAGUUCCCGGGCAACGAGUUGGGAUGAGCCACCAAGUUGUGCUCACGCGGUCGACUCAAGCAGCAAGGGCGACGUGAGUCAGAGAUGACAACAGGCUGUAUGACAGCAGGUAGUGUCAGACAGCUUUGUACAGCCAGGUGGUGAAAAGCGAGCAAACAUGUUUUUGUCUUGCACCCGUACUUAGAACAAACGCGCCACCUGUUCCAUUGGUGCGAGCGCUGGUCACAGGCGACGGGGAGUUAGUCUCGCCUUUGUUUGUGACCUUGACAAGUUGCUAUCAACCUGAAGCGCAGCUGGGGAAUCGACAUGGAGGAGCCAAAGGGUGAUGCACUUUUCUCCCCUGUACAAGGUAAGGCAUACUCAGGAUGGACAAUGUGGCCUUGAUGGUUGUGCAACAGCAAGUAGCAAUUCACGCAAGCGCCAAGCCGGCCUGCCGGCCUAGAAAACAGCAGCAACCGGCGAAGAAGGAGCAGAGAGCCGGCGCUUCGGAAGGAAGUUGAGGUCGGCCGAGUAAGUGGGCAUGGGCAUGGCUCGCGGAAGGAGUGAGCCCAUUUGCAACAACCGGAGGCUUUUGCAGCCUUGCUUUCACUAUGGAUUUUGCCGUCGCGUGGCUACGUUUCCACCUGUGUUGUUCGUUGCAUUCUCUGGCCCCUGGCUUUCGCAGUUCUCAAUUUGGCUUCGGCCUCAGGGCUCCUUCGUUGGACCAUUGCUCAGCUGGACUGCAGACUCCUUCUUGGGACUUGUGACGUUCCCUGGCACUUUCCUCUCCUUAAAAGGCCUGCCGUUGGUGCGCCACGAGUCUACUUGGCAAAUUCCAUGCCAGUGCUUUUGCGUCGAUUGCAGUUGCAAGCUGAUAUCAGCCUGAGCCAUGUGGUUGUUCCUUGCCACGUGCGCAUUUGGCAACCCGCAGAAUCACAGAGCUGGGGCCAUGUUGGCUCGAUACAAACUAGCUCAAGCGUCAGUAGGCCAGCAAGUCCACCGGCUGCUCUUGCAGAUGGGCCCGUCUUGGCUUGCAGGUUGCCAGGAGGCGGGCUUAAAGAUUCCUGGCUUCUUUGGUGCCCAGCGCUUCCAGGUGCUCGUUUAACUCAAAGUGCCCGUUUAACCAGCAUUUUGUCAAGAGGCUGGAUUUCAACACCGUGAAAGGUGCGUGAGAAACCCGUGAAAGACCGUAAACACCUCAGGAAAACAGCGUGAAAAGACACCCUUCGUUUACUCAUGCUAGGGCUUCCAGUAAAGACAGCACCUUUGUCAAACGUGCUCGUUUACCUUGUCCUUUGGACUUGCUGGGGGCAUUGCAGGCAGGUUACGCUUAUUUGCCCCAUGACGAUUCGAGGUCACCCAUCCAUCCAAGCUCGCUUGCGUUAUUUGCAGUUGCAAGCUCAUACCAUCAGCGAGUCGUGCUGUUGUUCCUCGCGCACGCGGACUUAGGAGCCCACAGAAUCACAGAGCUGCCAUACAAACUAGUUCGAGCGUCAGUGAGCGCCCAUUUCCCAGUAAGUCCAAUGUCUACUUUUGCAGAUGGGGUUAUCUUGGCUUGCAGGUUGCCAAGAGGCAGGCUUAAGUGGGCUUGAAGCAGCCUUGCAGUUUGCAGGCUUCUUUGUCCUUGGAGGGAGGUUGCGCUUAUUUGGCACAGCGGUCCAUCUCCGUUGCUUUGCAAUGGCAAGCUUGAGUGAGUCGUCGCAGAUGCAGCUAUCAGCUGUCGUCGCAAACGCGGCUUGAGUUGUUGUUGCUGAUUCAACCAAUGGCUGUCAAAAGCAACGAUUUGGACGCUGACACUCCGCUUGCAGCUGCGGCGCGAGCGAAGCAGCGGAAAUUCUUCAGAUCUAUCCAGUGGACGAGUCCAAUAGCGGCCCCAGCUUUCCUUGCCUUUGCACGUGAAUGCUUGAGCGCAUGAGCGCCACAGUAGCUGAGCGCCACCUUCAAAAGCAAGUGCCGCAAAGCUUUCGGCUGUGAGCAGCUAAUUUGCAGAUGAUGCGCCUUCUUGAGCCCUGCCUUGCCUGCGCAGCAAAUGAUUAUCUAUCGGAAUCUAAUCUGCUGGCAGACGAAUUGCCCCGACGCCUUGACAAUUGGGGGGGGCUCUUGGGUGCUAAAGAACUUAGCCAGGGCUUGUUCACAAACAAGCCUCUAAUUUCGGCGACGCUGGGUCCAUGUUUUGCUUGGCUCGGCUUGCGGAGCUUGUCUGUCUGCUCCGGCGCCCACUUGCGCCAGCUCGGGCUUUGGUUGUGAAACAUGUCGGAGAUGCGUGUCAAGAAAGACGGUCGAGACUUCAAAUCCGAACCCCUCGUCCUUCACAGCCUGACUCAUUGGACGCCCUGACUGUCGGUUGCUUCCCAGCCGCAUGCAAGAGCAUUGCGCAUCCGUUGCCCAGGUUCUGGGCCCCCCAAAACAAAGGAUUUGAGAAGAAGCGACGGCGAUCUUGUUGCUGCUUCAACGUGGCAAGUCCCAUGCAUAUGCCGGCCAGGGUUUGCUUUUUUCUGCAUUAGCCCCCAAGCUGCCAGCGACAGUCUAGUAUAUUAUAUAAUGUCUGCUGAGUUGAGCGAUUGUGGAGCUAUGGACUUCAGUGUCCCGGUAGACAGUGUUGCUUGGCAAGGUCGCUGGGACAUUGCGCAGUUUUGAGAAUAACGCUGGGGCGUAAGUCGCGUCGGAAUUGUCCGCGCAAGUGUCGCACCGGACACAAAGACUGGUUGUUGCGUGCUAACACGUUUCAGAACACUUCUUUGACCCAUACCCGAGGCACCAACAGCAGACAGAGCAGACAACCGCAAGGCUAAGCUUGCUGGGGCGCGAGCGAUGUGAUGACUUGCGUUUGCGUUUGCAUGGCAGCAGCAUCCAAGACGCAUUGUCAGCAUAAUUGCCGCAAUUGUGCGCAGCCGUAAUUGCCGCAUCCCAAGUGCUGCGCUCGCCACACGUGUAGUAGUGCUUCGGCACAGGCUGCGCUUGCCUGCGAGCUGGGAAAGCCCUCGCGCAAGUUUUUGCUUGCGCUCAAGUGGCAUCACACGUUCCAGUGACGGCAGCUUACAGAGAAAGAGCG